AACUCGAUUUGUAACAUUGUAAUUUGAUUUUAAUUUUACAGUACAAACAAGGCCUUCAUGGCAUAUUAUUCGCCAUAUUGUUGUUAUUAAAGACAUGGCUACGGCCUAUUUUUUCCUAGGAUAUGAAAGAUUUUUUUUAACAAAUAGUGGAUGUGUGGGCUGAGCUUCCUACGCCUUUACUUUAUGAAAAAAUCCACAAAAAACUCUAUGGCCAGCCAAUACUAAUGACACGGCUGCAUGGUCAUCAGAUCUGUGCCUCAAAAGGAAAAACAAACUCUAUGGCUAACUAGCCACGGAUUGAGGGGUUUUUAGUGCAGUUUUCUCAGCAAAAUUGAAAUCAGUUGUAUUUUCUGAACCGUUUUAUUAAUAUGUUCCUUUUGUAAAUCAAUUUUACGGAUUCGAUGUCAAAUGGUUUAAAAGUAAAUUUGAAUUAAAUCACUUUGUGAGUGUAAUUGAUUUUUGAUUUAUUUGUUUUUCGUGCCUUUGGUGAAUUGCUUUUCUUGUGACGUCCGAACAAUUUCAUCAAAUUGAAUAAACAUAAUGUGAAACGUGAAAAAGAAUAAUUACUAAGUGAUGGAUGAGAGCAACAAGAACUCCCCUUGUAAGGCUUGCGAUGAGGGUGCAGAUGGUGUGCAGUUGCAUGCGGAAGUGGAGCACCUUCGGCAGCACCUAUCAGAGAGAGAUGCACACAUUGUAGCCCUCGAGGGAGAGUUUCUUAAAUGUACUUCUAGAGCUAGCGAUUUAGAAGAGCAACUUAGUACCUGGAGAGAAAAAUAUGAAAGGUUAUAUGACUCCCAUAAAAGGGUACAGAAGUUAAAUCAAGUUCUGGAAGAUAAAUUAUUACAAAUGGUUGACAAAAUGAAAGGUGAAAAGAGUCAACUGACAAAAGAUAUUGCUACCCUGUCUGUUAGAUUGGCUGAAUCCAAACACAAUUACAGUAUGCUACAAAAAGAGAAUGAAAGAUAUAAGAAUGAUAUGAAUCUGGCUAUUCAAUUGUUACAAUGCAAACCUGAUAAUUUUGUUUCACAGAAACUAGAUAAUCUUCCAGUUGACACUCAAGCGAGGGUGUCACAGUAUGUUAUGUCAAAAACAUCAAAACCAUCUAGUUCAGCUCAAUCUAAAUGUGGAAAUGAAAAUGAUACUUUUGAUGCCAGUGAGUAUGAAUUCAACAUUUCUGCCUCGCUCAUGUCUAAAAUCCUUGAAGAUAGCAUUCAAGAUACUGUAACUAAACACUGUGAUACAUGUACUUGUUCUAAAUCCCAGAACAAGCCAUUUUGUUAUAAUGAAAGUUACUAUUCUGUUGCAACUCAAACACUUUUGACAGGAGAAACUAAAAGUUCUCUGUGUUUAAACUGCAAAUCAGAAGUGAAAUCCAAUGUGAGUGCUAAAAGUUCACCUCAUAUGAAGCUUGUGAAUGAAAAGCCUCUCAAUUGUGGCCUAACAGGUCCAAUGUAUCUUAUUCCACAACCCAUUGUAGAGCCUUACCAAAAAAAUAUUGAAGAGCCACAGAUAUCUAUUGUGAACAAUUCUCUAAUUAAUGAAAUCAAUGCUGUUGAUGAUAACAUAACAAAAAAUAUUAUUACUAUUAAUAGUUUAGAUUAUGCUAUAGAUCAAUCUUUACCCAAAGAACUCAAAGAUAAAAAAAAUGAUAAUGCUAAUGUGGAACCUUCUGUACAUCACAAGUUAUGUGAUCGUACUAAGACUUCAAUAUCAAGUAAAAGGAGUAGUGUACAUAGUAAUGGCAAUGAAGAUUUGCUUGUAAAAGAUCAAUUGCCAAAUACUACUGAAGUAGGAAACAAAUAUGAAAAACAAAUUGCAGAUGUUCCAAAGACAAGGAAAAAUUCCCAAAGUUCAUUGAGUGUAAUGAGUAGAACUUCUUCUCUUGCAAAAUCAACAGUAAGCACACACAAAUCUAAUACUCAAGUUGGACCUGGUCCUAGAUUUUGUCAUCUUCGUAUGCAGGCAGGUUCUAAGAACAUAUUGUUAGAUAAUGCUGAACCUGAUGUUCCACCAGUGUUGUAUAGGCGGCAAAGCAAAUGCACCGAUACUUUACUUAAAGAUCUCCAUGACGACCUGGAUAAUUUUAUGACAUUAGAGAAAAAUAGAGAAGAAGAGAAAAAAUACGUAAAAAAUGACAAUGUUGUGAUUGAAACUACAUUAAUUGAUGUCCAUGUUGACAACAAUAAUAAAGAAUCCACUACAUCUGUUAAAACAGCCUCAAUUAAUCCUGUUUUGUUAAAUGUGUCCUCUUCGCCUUUGCAACCUUUGAAGACUCAUACUUUUUCACAAAACUCUGAAAACAAUAAUAAUACCACACAAGGAAGUCAACAAAAUACACCAGACAUUGAAAAUUUAUUGAAUGAUUUUAGUUCAGAUGCUAUCAAUAAACAAAAUAAUAACAAUCAAGAAAUAGAAGGACCCGAAAAACAUAACGUUUUUACUCCUACUGAUAAUCAUGACAUGAAAAUAUUUAAUUUUGAUCGCUAUGAACAAAACAAACUGCAAAGUCAAUUUAACAAUAGAUCAUUGAAGAAAAUUGACAUGUCUCAACUUCAUUCCUUUGAAAAAACUAAAAUCUCCAAAGACUUCCCUCCACUAGGUGAUGCUGCAAAAUUAGAAAAGAAGUCUAACAUACCACAUAAAUCUUCUUUGCCCGCUGUCGUUAAUGUAUAUCCAAAUUUGACACAAACUCAUUUAAAAGUCAAUGAAAGCAAAAAUGUUUUCACAAAUGAGCAAAGCACAAGCUCCCUCUCUAGUGAUGACAGUGCAGCGUUAUUGCAGAAACAACAAUUAUUAAGAGUAGCUGAAUGGGUUGAAAAAAAUUUAGAACAGCAAAAUAAUUUUAAUGAUCCUCUAGAUGACGAUGUGAGUUUUAGCAGUAGACUGGCAAGAAGAGAUAGUAAAUUGACUAGAUUGACAGAGACUUUGAAUGAAAUAGCAUUAAAUAUGCCACAUCCUGUUAGUAAGUUUGCCAAACAAUAUUCUAAAGAUAACAAUACUUGGGUGCACAAUAAUAUUUCAUCUCUACUAGCCCAAGAAAGAAAUACCCGAAAAGUUUUUACCAGUGAAAAAAUUACGAAUAAUAUCGCUAAGGAAACUAUGUUUCCUGUUGAUAGCGGCGAUGCUACUGUAACAGAGGUAAGCAAAGAAGCCGACAGGAAUGUUGUGAAAACUAGCCAAGUCGAACGUGACAUUAGUAAAGCAUUACAUGCUGGAAUCAAAACAAACGGGGAUAAAGAAAUUACCCCUGAAGAUUUGGCAAGGAUGGAAUAUAAUGUAAAGAAAUUUUUACUUAGCGGUCCUCAUUGGGUGAAUUCUGGAUCUGUUGGAAGGAGUCGACGCACAAGCAGCAAGACUGAGACUGAUGUAUAAUUCAGGAUUAAUAGACUGGUAUACAUUCCAAUUUUAAGUCUUAAUUUGAUAAAAUAGACCUUCAUUUACUGUUUUCAUGUAUAUUUUGAUAUUUAUUUGAAUAACAUUGACUGUUAUUACUUAAUUGUGAUUGUUCCAAAGUUUUCUGUGUGAAUUUUAUUUAUUGAUGUAAUACGAUAUUUAUAUGAUUGGUGUUCCUUCAUAAUAGGUUUUUUGGUUGUUUUUUUUACUGUGCUUAUUCUCCUAGUCUCUUUUGGAUUGUUAUUUAGUUUUAUUAUGUACACAAAAUUAUUUAUAAUUGUAAUAUUAGCUUCCGAGGAAUAAAUACAAAUUUAUUAUGAAAGUUUGUAUGUACUGUGUAUUAUGAUUUUGAAAUUUAGGAAGAAUUGAUGGAAAUAUUGUAUUGUGAGUGACAGAUGUUUAAAUUGAACUGUUUUAUUGGUUUAGGAAGGAGGUGAUUUUUUUAUAUGUAUUUUUGAAUCCAAAAUGUUUUAUAAUAUAAAUUUAGUUUCUUUAAAGCCACUGUACGGUAAAAUAAUUAGUAACCUGUAUAAAUUUCGGUAACGAUAGAUGUGGUAUCUUAUCUGGAAAAAUGUGAAAAACCCAUUUUUGACCACCUUAAGCCGCCAUGUACCGUCGAACAGGGCUUGAAACCAGUUUAGACUAAAUAAUUUUUAUGUAAAUAAAACCGAUUUUCAUGUAAUGUUCCCAAGUGGAACUAAAUACGGAGCGUAAUUUGGAUUAAAAAAUAAACCGGUUAAUUCCCUUUAUAAUAUGCAAUGUUUAAUCAUGACUCAUUGAGACGUGUAGCGCCCGCACCCUCUAAAAAAAAGAAAUGCGGCACGUGGUGCAUAUGACCUUGUAAAUGUUAGUAAGAUCAUUGCUUAUAGUGGUAUUUAAAACUGAUAAAAUAAGCGAAUUAACAAAAUAAACAGUAUUUUUAGUGUUUCGAUUCAAACUGGUUCACAGGAGCAUAUACUUUUUCUAAAAAGUUCCGCAUGUACUAAAGUUAAAUCGGUUUAACAAUUAAACCGGUUUACAAACCCUGCGGUUGAGAGAUGUAGCAAAAUUCAAAUGACUUAUAUUUCAUUAAAAUAUUUAUAGUAUAAUUGUAUUUCAAACUAGUUAUUCCCAGCUACAAUGUUAGAAUAAAAAAAAGCAUAUAUAGCCCAAUAUUUUUUGCCAUUAAUAUUAAUUUUUUUUUUGGCUGUGCAUCUGCCAUAAUUAUAAGCCACCAAGAGUUUACCAGUAUAAUGGGGAUGUUGACUUAUUUUUUUUUGUUCGUCCGUUAGGUAGGUUGUUGAAAAAUAUUAAACACGUAUUUUUAUUUUUUUAUCAUCAAAUUAGUAUUAAAAUAUCAUGACGUCACGCUUUUGUACAUUUUCUGUAAAACUUUGACAUUCCCACUCCUCAACUACCCCACUAUAUCGUAAUGCCUCUUAUCUAAGCUAUUGCUUGUUAAAUUGAAGUAAAUAAAAGAUUUGUCUAUUAUCUGAGUGACGGACUAAAUAGAAUUUCUUUUUUUUUUACCUCGGCAUCAUUUCUAUUGUCGUUUUUCUAUAUUUUUUAUCAUACCUAUGAGUUACGAUAGUUAUAAAUAAUUAUUAAUUAUAAUGCUUUCACUAUGUGAUAAAUAUUAAUCAGAAGGAUAAGGUGCCGGUAAUUAUACGUACAAAAAUGGAGUAAGUAGUUGUUUGUUACAAUUUAGCUAUAAUCUUGCAAAUUAUCUUCAAAAUGUUGAUUGAUGUCAUAAUGGUUCAGUUCAAAACAGUGUUUUACUGAAGUUGUAUCAUGUUUUCUAUGUUAUUACUGUAUUAAAAUUAUACGGUCUCUUAAAACCUACUAAUG